UGAAAUUAAAUCAUGAUAAUGGAUUGGCUGUCAGAUUUAUUCAUACAUUAUCGUCGGCACUAUUAUUAAAUUCAGUAAAACAAUACAUAAUAAACAAAUUUCAUUCAAGUUAAAAAAUGUAACGAGCUUAAUAAUUGUUUAGUUAAUACUAUCGUCCAAGGAGGUUUCAAUAAAUUAUUUAACACCCUCCACAGUUAAAUUAUCGAACAAGCUUCCCGUGAAUUAAAAAGCUGCCUUAAAGCGUACAGACGUAGCGUCUGCGCAUGGAUCAGAAUUCAAAUAAAUUUGAAAGAAAACUGUUGUUUCAAUUACGUUAAUUUCAUCGGUUUAUAUUGACAAUAUAAGGAAUACAGAAUCGUACUUUGAAAUAUGGAUUCAGAUAUAGAACAAAUUCACAACAUUCUACUCGACGCACAUCUUCCUUCGAGUAUAAAUGAUUUGAAAAAUCCAACAGAAGAAUAUGUUGUCAAUUUAAUCAACACAUUUUUGAGAAGAUUUUAUAUUGAUGUUGAUACUAUUGACAAACCAACGAAGGAACAACAAGUUGUAAUGUCAUAUCUUGAGGAUACUGACAUAAUUAGGCUUAUAAAUUUACAUACUGCGAUGGGACAAAUAUGUGACCGCAUAUAUAUAAAAGAUUUAUCUAUCACAGAUAUCAUUAGUCCUGGUUCAAAAAGAAUACGUAAACAAGCCAAAUUUCUUUCAAACUUUGUACUAUAUGCAACUACUAAAGAGUCUGAAAUAGAAGAUACAAUAAAUGAAAUGAAAGCUAGAGCAGAAAUAUCACAAGAUAUGUUAGAAAAGAAAAAUGAAUUGACAGGAGCUAUAAAAGAAAAAGAAUCUUACAUAAGAAAGCAAUUAUCGUUAAAGGAUAAAUAUAAUGCUGAAAUUCAAAAAAUACAAUUAAAACAUGCAAAAAAUAAAGAGAUAUCCAUGAAACAAAUGGCAGAAAUGACUAUAGCAGAAGAAUAUAAACAACAAACAGAUGAAGUUUUUGAAUCUUAUAAAAAAGAAACUUCAAAUUUAAGCAAAACCAUAGCAGAAUUGCAAUCUGAGAUUGUAAAAUCUCCUGAGAAGUAUAAUGCGCGUUUGAAAAAUUUGGAAGAACAACAAAAUGCAAAGAUCAAGCAACGUGACAUAAUGCGGGAAGCAUUCCAGGAUAAGAAGAAUUUAUUUGAACAACUAAAAACAGUUCUAGGUUUCAUCCAAAAACAACUAGAUAAGUUUAACGAAGUAAAAGAUGUAGAUGAACUGUUAAAGAAAGUAAGUGCACAAGGAGAUAAUAUUAAAAAGCAGGUUGAAAUACUUAGAGCAGAUAUAAAAGAAUUUGAACAAAGAUUAGAAACUCAGAAAGAUAAAGGAAAAGAGAGUGAAAUAGAUGAUUUCCGUAUGCAAUAUAAAGAACGUCUUACAUCUUUCCGAAAUAUGAACUCACAGUUGUUACGUGAAAAGGAAAAUUAUGAACAGAAGUUUAAAGAAGAACAAAUUCAGCACAACGAAGAUUGUUUAAAAUUGAAGAAAAUGCAAAGUGUUAUAAAAAAAUUAGAAGAAGAAACUUCAGUGCUUAUUAAAAAUUAUCAGGAUAUUUAUGAUAAUGAAAUAUCAAAUGAGAAAGCUCUGUGGGAAGAUGCAAUUAAAUGAAUAAUAUAAACGUGUAUACUUACCUUCCUUUACAUAAGAUAGAAACAUUCAUUGAUUAUUUUCGUAUAAUACACAGAAUGUAAUUUUAUUUAUUAAUAUUUUAUUAAUUUUUUUUAUUUAAGUAAAAAUUAUAUAAAUAAUAAAUUGUACAAGCAUAUAGGUAAUGAAGUUUAAGACUGGUUAGUUUUCCAUACCUCAUUUAAUUACAUAUAUUAACAAUAUUUUUACAUAAUCAAGUAUGUUCAUAUUUAAUUGAGUCUAAGUAUCUAAAUAUUAUUUGUAUUGAAUUGAUCAGUAACUCUGAAAUAUUAAUAUUUGGAAUGAUAAUAAAUACAUAAUAUUGUAACAAUGUAUGUAUACCUUUUAUACAAGAAACAAUGUAAGUACUUGAACUUUACAAAUAUUGCCAAAUGUUUCAACAUUCAU